GUUAAUCACAAAACUACCUUCUUCUUCACUUACUCUCUCUUUAUCUCUCUGUAUUUCUCUGUAUUGAAUUGAGAAAACAAUUCCUCUCAUUCUCUCUCUCUAUCCACAGCUUUGCAAAACCCUCAUAAACCCUUCUUUUCUUUUUCGAAGUUCUUUUCUUCAAGGUGAGUUUUUGUCCGAGUUGAAAUCGGAAUGGAAACUCAGCUCCCCGACGAUUUCAGGUGCCCUAUUUCACUUGAGAUAAUGUCUGACCCGGUUAUCCUUCCAUCGGGUCACACCUUCGACCGGGUUUCAAUCCAACGGUGGCUAGAUUCUGGUCACCGGACUUGUCCGAUUACCAAACUUCCAUUACCUGAACACCCUUGUCUUAUCCCAAACCAUGCCCUCCGUUCCUUGAUUUCCAACUAUACCCUCGUCUCUCCUUCCAAGUUACAGCCUUGCCCUCAACCCCAAAUCCUCAUCUCUUCUCUAACCUCUCAAUCAUCCCAUGUCGGUACCAAGCUUAACUCGCUCACCCAUCUCGUUCGACUCACUAAGCACGACUCGGGAUUCCGCCGUAAACUAACUGAGCUGGGUGCAGCCCCUGGUGUCCUCAAGUGUGUUGACUUAGAUGAUCCGAGUUUACAAGAAAAGGCACUGUCUUUACUCCUUAAUCUCAGUCUUGACGAUGAUAACAAAGUGGGCUUAGUCGCUGAAGGUGCUAUUAACCGGGUUAUCAAAGUUUUACGAUUCGGGUCACCCGAUUGUAGAGCCAUAGCUGCAACGAUUAUAACCAGUUUAGCCGUGGUGGAAGUUAAUAAAGCAACAAUAGGAGCAUACCCAGAUGCAAUUCAAGCAUUGGUUUGGCUUUUAAUUUCAGGUAAAGGAAGGGAAAAAAAAGAAGCAGCAACAGCUUUGUAUGCAAUUUGUUCAUUUGCUGAUAAUAGAAGAAGAGCUGUAGAUUGUGGAGCAGUACCAAUACUGAUUAGCUUAUUAGAUUCAGGCUUGGAAAGGGCUAUUGAGGUGUUGGGAUUAUUGGUUAAAUGUAAAGAAGGAAGAGAAGAGAUGAUGAAAGUUAAUGGGUGUGUUAAGGUUUUGGUUUCUGUUUUAAGGAAUGGUAGUUCAAGAGGUGUUCAAUAUGGGUUAUUUACAUUGAAUUGUUUAUGUAAUUGUUGUGAAAGGCUUUGUUUUGAAGCUAUAAAUGAAGGUGUUGUGGAGAUUUGUAUGGGGUUAAUGGAAGAAGAGAAUGAGAAGAUAAGGCGAUAUACUUCAAGUUUGGUUCAAACUCUUAGAGAAAAUCAUGCUUUUGGGUGAAAAAAUUGAAGCUUUUUACUUCAAGUGUUUGGCAAUGGAGGUGAGUCGUUGUUUUAGUUCAUUUUGGUUAAUUAGGGAUAGUUUUAGAGUUAAAAAAAAACAAAAAAAAAAAAAAGAUUAGAAUUUUGUAUUUAUGUAUAUGUGAAUAAAAGGGUAAACAUGAUGGAAAGGGAGGGGAUUGUUGGUCUUCCAUGGUUGGAUGUUGUAGUGAGCAAAAAAAAAAAAAAAAAAAACCAAAAAGUUCAAAAUUUUUGUUACUUCAGUGAUAAUUGUUUAUUGAAUUAGAACCUGUUUUCAGCUUUUGAUCUUCUCUCGAUUAGGAAUUGGAUUGUGAAUGUUUCUGAUUCAAUCAAAGCAUUGAACUUUAGCAAAUGGUAUACUUCUAUAAGUUACUUUCAGUGUUCAAUUUUCUAGUUUUGCAUAUUUGCAACCAUUUGAGUGAGAUUCAAGACAUUCUUUUUUCCUUGUUUUAUUCAAUUUUUGAUGUUGAGAUUGCUUAGUGAUUACAAUGUAUAGGUUUUGUAAUGUUGAUAUUCUUAAUAUGCAUGCCUAAGUGGUCCAUUAUGAAUUUGACCUUUGGACUUUUGGAGUGAUAAUUUGUUUCAAAGGAUAACUUGGAUUAUGGAGGUUGUAAUGUAGCCAAAUUUGUAAACUUUUCAUCUUGGCAUAAGAAGAAAAGCAGUUUUAGGAGUUAAAGUGUAUUUUGUAUUUUACUUUCUCUAUUCAAAAAAUGAGUAAAUUAAUUUUUAUAUGAUAAAUUAAAGAGUAAAUUUAUUCUUUUAAAAA